GUGGAAAAAACAAAACCAAAAUCAAAAUCAAAUCCCAACUCUUCAUUUCCUCUUCUCUCUCUAGAAGAAACUCUUCUGCUUUCUCUCUCUUCAUUUAUCAAUGGCGUACUUGAAUAACCCCACUGUUCUUCAGCCGCCGCUUCUAUUUCUUUGAACCACCACAGCUUAAAGCAAAAAAAAAAAAGCCUUUCACUUUGCUCUAUAUGUAUAGUAUCUUCUCUACCUGAGAAAAGAGCUGUAAGUUCAUUGCUUCUAGGGAAAUAUUUAGUGGGUUAGUGUCCUUUCCAUUUUGAGAUUUGGAUUUUUCGGUAGGCAGUUGAAUGAUUGAUAUCUCUGCUUCUCGGUUUUGACUGGAGACUUUUGAUGCUGUUUCGCGGUUGGGGCGAGUGAAGAUUGAUUGCUGUUGGAGUACUAUUCUUGCUAAUGGCAGAAGACGGCAUACGUAUUGGUGGCCUUUCUUCUGGGUUGGCUGUGGUAUUGAAUGGCGAAAAUAGGAAGGAGAGUUCCCAGAAAACUCGUCUUAUUUCGUAUUGUGAUGAUUUUGGCGAUCAAUCUGUGGAGAGAACCCUUGAGCACAUCUUUGAUCUUCCGUACAAAUCUAUCAAACCACUUUCUAGUGCAAUAGAUGCUAAAGUGGUUCGUUCAGUCAUAAAGAAUGAAUUCCUGAAGUACCAAAUGAAUAUGAAGACUGGUAUGGAGAGAAAAAGAGAAGGGGUUUUGACUGCUGCUGAUGGUUGUAAACAUCAGGUUACUCAAAUAGAAGAAUCGAGCAUAUGUGGUGAUCUUCGAAUAGUCAAACCGCCCUUGCUCAUGGAGAGUCAUUCUUUAUUCAGCAGUGCAAGGGCCAAUGCUUGUGUCUGGAAAGGGAAAUGGAUGUAUGAAGUAACUCUUGAAACUUCUGGUAUACAACAGCUAGGCUGGGCGACUCUUUCCUGCCCAUUCACUGAUCAUAAGGGUGUGGGUGACGCUGACGAUUCAUAUGCAUAUGAUGGAAAAAGGGUCAGUAAAUGGAAUAAGGAAGCUCAGUCUUAUGGUCAGCCAUGGGUUGUUGGUGAUGUGAUUGGAUGUUGUAUUGAUUUGGAUGGUGAUGAGAUAUCAUUUUACCGAAAUGGAGUUUCACUUGGUGUAGCAUUUAUUGGUAUUCGUAAGAUGGUACCUGGAUUGGGAUAUUAUCCAGCAAUUUCUCUUUCUCAAGGUGAACGUUGUGAGUUAAACUUCGGGGAAAUUCCUUUCAGGUACCCAGUGAAAGGUUUUCUUCCCAUUCAGCCUCCACCAACCAAAAGUUCACUUGCUACUGAUUUGCUUAAUUGUUUUGGAAGGCUAAUUGAAAUGCAGCGUGUGGGAAGGGCAGAGUUCAGUUCUGUUGAGAAAUUGCGAAGAUUGAAAAGGUUUGUGUCAUUUGAAAAACUUUCUCAUCCUGUCUCUCGUGGGAUAUGCGAGGAGUUAUUCUCUGCACUUGCUGCUGAAGAUGGAAGCACAAAGUACAUAGCUUGUGGCCCACUUUUAUCACUGAUAAUGGAGGUCUUUAGGAUACAUCCUCCACAUGACUAUAUGAGUUUGGACAGCAUACUCGAUUCUUUACUAGAAUUCUCAGAGUCAAGAAUUUUGUUUGAACAUAUUAUAAGUGCACUUUCGACCUUAUGUAAAACAGCACCGUUGAGCCUUACAGACUGUCCUUACUCAGGUUCAUAUACAUAUCUGGCUUUGGCAUGCCACAUCUUAAGGCGGGAAGAAAUGAUGAUACUGUGGUGGAAAUCUUCAGAUUUUGACCAUUUGUUUGAAGGGUUUUUGUCGCGGAAGAGUCCUAACAAGCAGGAUCUUCAAAGUCUGAUGCCUUCUGUAUGGUGGCCUGGCUCGUGUGAGGACAUGUCAAAUGAGGCUAGCCUGGUCCUGACUACAACCGCUUUGUCAGAAGCAAUUAACAAGGUUGAAGAGAAGCAGAGGGACCUCUGCCGCCUGGUAAUGCAGUUUAUGCCACCUACAGCACCUCCUCAGCUACCUGGCUCUGUAUUCAGGACAUUUUUACAAAACAUUCUACUUAAAAACAGGGGUGCAGAUCGAAAUUUGCCGCCUCCUGGUGUUUCAAGCAAUUCUGUGCUUGUUUCUGUGUUUAGUGUCAUACUCCAUUUCUUGUCUGAAGGUUUUGGGGACAUUGGUGGUUGGAUGAAGGACUCUGGAGCAUCUGAUGUUGGUUUCCUACACAGAGGAGGCCAGCAAAAUUUUCCUGUAGGCUUGUUUCUCAAGAAUGAUCCUCAUCGGGUUGAUAUUCCUAGGCUUGGUGGUUCAUUUAAUCACCUAGCAAAGUCCCAUCCUAUUAGUAGUGAGCAGCAGGAGGAAGUGAUUCGGUGGGAAGAAGGGUGUAUGGACGAUGAAGAAGAUAGGGUUACACAUCUAAGUAAGCAGAAGCCAUGCUGUUGCUCUACUUAUGAUGCUGAUUUUACAAGAAUAUCAAAAGAUCCUAUUAGACACAUGACAAAAGGUUCACGGGGACAUUGCAGCUCUAUUCGUGAGAGGUCUGCUCAUGUUGCUGCAGAAUGCAGCACCAGUAGUUUGAACGAUGACAUAGCGGAUAAACCAAGCACAAGUGACCAGUCUGAAUCAGACUUUGGCUUCCGUCCUAUGCAGCAAAUGAGAUAUGUUUCCAGAGAGAACAGCGUUUCUUCAGCAACACUGAAAGAAGAGGAGCUACUUGAUGCCAUGCUCUUGCUGUAUCAUUUAGGUCUUGCACCCAACUUCAAGCAGGCGUCAUCGUAUAUGUCUCGGCAAUCACAGUCAAUCUCUCUUCUAGAAGAAACUGAUAAGCAGAUCAGAGAAAAAUUUUGCGGGGAACAUGUAAAGCGUCUGAAGGAGGCUCGUAGCGUAUACAGAGAAGAAGUAAUGGAUUGUGUCAGACAUUGUGCUUGGUAUCGUGUUUCUCUAUUUUCUCGGUGGAAGCAGAGGGGGGUGUAUGCAGCAUGCAUGUGGAUUGUUCAGUUGCUUUUAAUUCUUAGCAAAGAGGACUCAGUCUUCAUCUAUACUCCUGAGUACUAUUUGGAAACCUUGGUGGACUGCUUCCAUGUACUUCGUAAAAGUGACCCUCCUUUCGUCCCUGCUACAAUAUUUCUCAAGCAAGGACUUACAUCGUUUGUUACUUUCGCUGUCACCCACUUCAAUGAU